AUGACAUACGCUUUGGGUAUAGCCCCACACUGUGCAAGAGGAGGUGGGGGUCUGUCCCAUGUGUACGCUGGCAAGAGAGGGGAGGGAGCGACACAAGAGCGUGUAGACACUACGCAGUCAGAGAGCGGCUAUGCAGCGUUCGACAUGUUCGCAGAACCUGCUGAUGAGGCGGUCUUCACCAUGCUUUCUCCACGGACCCUUUACCAGCUCUCGCUCUUUUUCUGGUGGCUUCUCUCUUUGCACGUCCCAGUCCUAACCGGGGAACAUGCCCAGGAGAAACCGGCUGACAGAACUCUCGGAUGGGGUUCGGUUCCUGAGGAAAACAUGCUUCCACGCUCCUCCGGUUGGGGAGAUGAUCAGCAGGGAGUUUGGGGGGAAUAUAGGCCAACAGAAAGUGGCGGAGAACUCACUCAACCUCAACCUCUGACUGCGAAUGAAUCCGUGCUGUAUCCCACAAAGCCUGGAGGACAACAGAGCUGGGACCAACCACCUGACAGGCAGGUUCAUUCCGGUCCACCUUCGCCAAAUGGUCCAACUGAGGAUUUUACAGGCAACACUAGAUCUGACAAGAGAACCGGAACCACCAGGAGGAGACCGAAUGUCACAACAAAGGACGGUAUAGAGGAUGUAGUUCCGAUCAGGGGAUCUAACGUGGAGACAGAAAGGGAUGCCUCAACAGAUGCUGAUGAUGAGAAGAAAUUCCCAAAGACUAAUGACCCUCUCCAGACAGACGACAACAGUAACAACACAUCAGUCAAACCCUGGGGAACAACCUCCCCAACAUGGACCCCCAUCUACCUUGAUGGUUUCACACCCAGUGACUCGAUGGGUCCCGCUGUGGCUCACAGCGCUGCCCUUUUUGUGCCUUUGUACUCAGACUGGAACUCUGCCUUGGCCACAUGGGGAUUUGCUUGGGAAGCCCACAUCUAUGGUCUUGGGUCGGUCUUUGCGGUAUUCGGCCUGAUCUCUGUGGUCUGCUUGUUAGGACUGCCUUGCCGGUGUCCUUCUGGAAUCCCUUACUUCACCCUCCUGCACUUGUUCCUCCUAGGAUUCACAGGAAUUCAGGCUUUCUGUUUGAUUUAUGAUGCCUACGGUCACCAAGAUGAUCUUCCACCUCUAAGCUCUCUUCUGCUCUCUCAACUUACCUUCCCUUGUUUGACAUCCGCGUUCUCUCUGGCCUUCUUUAUUAUUUCCCUGCGUUCACGCAAGCGUCUUUCCCUUUCACUCGCCAUCUCCCCCUCACUCUCUGCCCUCCCCAAACCUUGCUUGUUACUGUCUUUAACCUUGAUGCACUUUGGGGUUUCUCUGGGCUGUGUUGGCCUUCUUCAACUCUACCCUAGCCUCCCCGCUAUCAUUCUUCUGUUCCCUCUCGGUGUGUUUGUGUGCCUCACACUCUUCCUCUCGUGCUCUUACGUGAUCUUUUACUGUCUAAUACAAAUUGACACAAAACACGUCUAUAGACUGAAUGACAAUGGGGAGUGUGGAGUAUCUCCUGAGAUGAUUCAACCCACAAGUUGCCCCUUUGCCAAAGUGGAUGAUUGGGGUAGGGCGGCAGGUGCUGGAGUCGGGGCCGCCUUGUGUUUGUUAGGUUGUGGAGGUCUACAACUUUAUGGAUUUUUACAUGCCCUGGGUAUGGGCGGGGUGGAAAGCUAUGGUUUCCGACCCUGGCCUUGGUGGGGCUAUCAGGUGGGAUGUCGGCUAUGUGAGGCUGGCGUGUGCCUCGGUUUGUCCCUCAUUGGCACGCAUCCUUUGUUUUGUCACACCAAGUCCUUCAAGAACCAUCCCAGACCAGGAUCUUGGUCCCGACUGUCCGGCGGCUCUCCCUCUCGAGGUACCACCCUGCCCUCACCAGGUAGUGCACAUUCUCCUGUGCUUUCCUUGUCACAAGACCAACCAGAAAAUAUGGUAGUGUAUGAUGUCACCACAAGGGGACAGUCAGAAGUUCUUCCUUUAACCUCCAUGGUGGAUCCUCCUAGAAAUGGAUUUGGUUGUGUCUCAAAGCCUCACCAAAACCAAGCUGCUUUUCCACACAAACACACAAGUCCACUUCACAAGCCUAAAAAUGCACCGGAAUUCCAGCUACCUUCCCAGAUAAGUCUUGGUCUCGGAGCUGACUCUACCGGGGACUUACAGCCUCCAUCUCCUAUAGAUUUAUCUCGCAGCAUUGACCAGGCUUUGUUCAGUGACUCCCUAUUCACUCACAGUAUUUUCGGUUUGCCAAGACUCUUUUCUAGUUCCUCCAGCCAUUCACUGGAAUCUCCCAAGCAAGGUACUUCAAAACAAGGCUCUGCCUCAUUGGGAGGUUCUAUUUACAGAACCUCUUCCUGUGGAUAUUUGGUUCAAGAUAAAACUCAACCUACCCAGCCUCAAGUUUUACUUAAGUCCCUCAACAACAAACCACCAAUAUCACAAGAGCAGUUUGACUGGAAAGGGAGCGUCUCUGGAUCAACUUUGGGUCUGUGCAGUAAACACAAAGAGACAGUAAAGCCGCGAUCCAAUUCCUGGGCCAACAGAGGGCAGCACAUGGCGCAGAACAGCCUUCCACACGCCAUCCCUCACUUGUCUUAUCACAGACGUUACCGAACUUUGAGCGUUGCUUCCAAAGACGGCUUGGGAUGCGCACGACUGGCAGGGACUAAAAGACUGAGUGAGAGCAAACAGCUAGAAUGGGAUAUGGCUGCCCAAGCAGAGUUUGUCAAUGUGUGCAGGCAAAUUGAUGCUUUUAGCAUUUGCAGUGACACCAUUGAUUUGUAACUACACUGUAGCAUCCUCAUUGUAAAUUGCACACAGAACAGAUAGAGAGAGAUUAGAUGAUUUAUUUAACACAGAAAAUAAUAACUUGCAUAAAUGUGGAGAAUUUUUGCAUUAAGUAAUGGAUUUGUAAUGUACAUAUUUAAUGUUAAUAUAAUAAAUAUGAGAUUUACAGCGUCACUGUAAUCAUGCUACUAAUUAUUGUGGGGAAGUACAAAGCUUGUUAAAGGCCUACUGAAAUGAUUUUUUUUUAUUUAAACG